CAAUCAACUUGGAAAUAUCAUCCAAAACGCCAUCAGAAAAAUUGAGCCGAUAGGUUUCUCCUAUGCUGUAAAGCUGUAAAAGCGUAAAACCACCCUCACCCGUCCUCACCGACCUUGGUCCUGCUUUCCUCCCGUUUGCUUGUGUUGUCUUCCAGUACUCCGUCAGGAGUCCGGCGCAUUUUUACUGUAACUGAAGAGAAGAGAGUUGUGUCCCUCAGAUAGCAAAAUGGGAACCGAAAUCACUGCUCUUAAACGAAUUUACGUUUACCGCUGCAUGAAGGGCUCUCUCCUCAACCUCCUCAUAGAGGAGUUACGUCACACUGCUCUCAUUCAUGAAGACAUGCUCCAUAAACUCGAAGUUCUCGAAGAACUCGAUUAUCGCUUAGGCUCUCCCGUUUCCGCUUCCUUCUCCGCUGCCUAUUGUGCCGUCGCUGUGGAAUGCACGCUCAAGUACCUUGGCACGUGCUCUUCACGUGACGUCAUAUCCAACAAAUCUGCAUAUGUAAACGCCAUAAACGGGAUCUGGCGUGGUCACAUUCCGUGUAUGGAAUCCUCCUCCUCCUCGGGCGUCGGGUGCCGACUGUACACGGCGGAGCUGAAGCGGUGGAGGGAUGACAUUGAGGCUUCGCUUUCGGAUCCCAAGGUUUUGAAGAGGUUGGAAAGCUAUAAUGGUAGGGAAGAUGCCAUUUGGAAGCUUAAGCUUUAUUUGCUUGAAGCCUCAGCAAACUUGGCUCCUUAUUUUGAUGAAAUAGCAUUAUUCGCUGAUUUAUACGGUAACAACUGUCAAACCCAUGAGCUUGAUGGCGAUAAACAGGAACCUAGUGCGCUUGCUUUCCUCCAAAGAGUGAACAAUAGGAAUGUGGAGGAGCUUCCUAUUGAAAAACAAACUACAGAAGCACCGAAAGAAAAUUGGGAUACAGAAGCAACUUUUGGUAUUCAGAGAACAGAACCACCAAAUGAAGAAAAUGAGAUCACAGAAGAAGCACGAAAUGAAAAUCAAACUAAGGAAGCUCCAUCAGAAAUUCAGACUACUGAAUCACGGGUCGAAAAUAUGAUCACUGAAGAGGCACCAAGUGAAAUUCAGACCGAGGAAGCCCUAAUUGAAAAUCAGAUAACAAAAGAAGCAUCGAAUGAAAAUCAAACUAAGGAAGCCCUAAUUGAAAACCAGAUUUCUGAAGCACUGAUUGAAAAUAUGAUCACUGAAGAAGCACCAAGUGAAAUUCAGACUGAGGAAGCCCUAAUUGAAAAUCAGACUUCUGAAGCACUGAUUGAAGAUAUGAUCACUGAAGAAGCACCAAGUGAAAUUCAGACUGAGGAAGCCCCGAUUGAAAAUCAGACUACUGAAGCACUGAUUGAAAAUCAGAUAACAAAAGAAGCAUCGGAUGAAAAUCAAACUAAGGAAGCCCUAAUUGAAAACCAGACUACUGAACUGAUUGAAAAUCAGGUUACAGAAGAAGUGCCAAAUGAAAAUCGGACUGAGGAAUCCCCAAUUGAAAAUCAGAUCAUAGAAGAAGCACUGGAUGAAAAUCAAACUAAAGAAUCCCCAAGUGAAAAUCAGACUACUGAAGCACUGAUUGUAAACCAGAUCACAGAAGAAGCACCAAAUGAAAAUCAGACUAAGGAGGCCCCAAUUCAUAAGAUUGCAGGUGCACCAACUGGAAAUGUGGGUGCAGAUACAGAUUUAUGUGAUCAACAUGGUUUUGCAACUGCUUCUGCUGAAGAGUGUAAUGAAUCAGAACAGGGUUUGGAUGGAGCAUCAGAUCAUGCCACCAAGUUUCAUUUGCCUAGCCCCAAGAAAUGGAAAAUCUCUCCAUUGAGAAAAUAUGAACCACAGGACAUAAUAAUAAGGAGGAAAAAGAAAAGAUGGAGUGAGUUUGAAGAAAUAACACUGAGGUCUGCUGUGAAUCAGUAUGGUGAAGGAAACUGGAAGUUAAUCCUUAGUACUCACAUUGAUGUAUUUGAAGAGAGAACUGAUGUUGAUUUGAAGGAUAAAUGGAGAAACCUCAAGCAUCAUCGAGCUAAUUAGGGAAGGCAAUUUGGUGCACUAAGAUAAAAGUAUUUUGAUAUGGAGCUGAAUAGGAUGCUAAAUUUACUGCUCUAGAUAAAAUUGUUUUGACGGAGCAAAAUAGGGAUGAUCUUUUUGCUGGUAUGAUGGAUAAAACUUUACAUGUCCUGUAGAUAAUGUCCUGUGUUAAACUUUUAGAAAGGAAGCUAUGUGCAUCAUUUUGGAGUUAACUUUAUAGUUCCUUUAUUGUCAUAGUAUCAAAUUAUUAGAAAAAUAUCACUUGGCAUUGUUCCCUCCCUUAUUAAAGCUAUUGGUUUGAUGAGAUGAAAAGUUUACGCCUUUAAUAGGAUGGACGGAAAAUUCUUCCUAAUUUAACAAUUUCUGAUCCUUGUAAUAGAAUGCACAAUGAAAUGAUUAGGUGGAAAAUUAGUGA